UUCCCAUUUAUUGAAGAUAUUCAGCGUGAAAACUGUUUAAAAUGCCCACCUUGACUAAGUCAAGUUGUAGAAUAUGUUUCGUGGCAUGUGAAGAUUCAUCGAUUUCGGCUUUGUUUAUAAAAGAAAUGUAUAAAGAAGUGACAGGAUAUGAGAUUUUUGAAUCAGACGUUCCGCAAAAAGUUUGCAAGGAGUGUCACGAGCAGCUGAUGAUUGCGAAGGAGUUUCGCUUGAUCGCCGAGUGUUCUGAAAAGUUUUUGGAGAAACAACGGCAAGAAAUCAUCAGGUCAGAGUCGCAAUUAGAGUUGACUGUGAAACCUGUGUCAACUGAUACGACACCUUCGUUAAUUAAUUUGAGUGAUGAAGACAUUGAAGAACUGGGAGUGAGAAUAUUCAGAGAAAAUCCGAAACCGUGUAUAUCUCAAAAUGACGACCCCUCAGUUCCUCAGGCCGAUUUGUCAUUUGAGGAAUACGAGUCGUUUGAGAAAGAAAAGAAGAAAAAAUUAAGACAAAUAAGGCGCUUGAAUAAACAAACUCAUGAGGGUGUCCCGUUUCAUUCGACUACGCCAACGUUUGUGCGACAGCCUAAUCAACAAGUGUUUGUAAAUUGGAACUAUUUAGAGCUACAACAACGCAUAAAAAGUUUUGGAAAAAAUAUUCCUAGUCACUAUUUGUUUGUUUCUCAUUUCGAUGAAAAUCAAACUAGUAAACUGCUUUUAGCCAAAAAUGAAGAUACGUCGACGUACAAUGAAAGUGUUGUUGUAACAAAUAAAUUUUCGUGCACUUUUUGCUCUUUCAAAGUGAACGAAACAUCUGAUGUUCAUCAAAUCAUGAUGGAUCACUGUCUAGAAAAGCAUCACCAAAUAAGUUUUCGGUGCUUUCGGUUUGCUUGCAAAGACACAUUUUCUUGUCUAGAUUUUCUCAGGCACCAUAAUACUUUAAUGCACCAAAAAUCGAUUGUUUUAGUGCGACCGUUACAAUGCAACUACUGCCAAUUUUCAUGUUGCUUCGAAUCCAACAUGGUAAAACAUGUCAACAAAAUGCACAACGAACCAGAAAUGCUGGUAAAGUGUGAAUGUUGUGAUGCGAAAGUUUAUUGUGAUGACUUGAAAUUACAACAUAUUGUUUUCCUAUGCCCGCAAUCAAAUAAAUUAGAUCUAUCAAUCCCUUUCAAAAGAAUUAUCAUGACGAAUGCUUUAGAAAUGAAAGAAACUAAAGUCAAACGAAAAGUGGCAGUUCUUUACAAUAAUGAAUUAACUGAAUCACAUCAAAAACGAGCCAUACUAGAAUCGAACUCAAAAUGCACAAAGCGAAAUAUUCAAAACUAUUUGUCAAAUGAAGACCAAGAUUUCAUGCAAAAAAAUGCAGAUCCCAAAUUGAAUGACUUGCUUGGAAUAAGUCAUUCUUGUGAUUUCUGUUUUUUCUCUACAUCGCGAUUCGAAAAUUUAGAGGAACACAUGAAGGUCUGUCGGAAAGUUGAGCCUGUGGUUUUUACUAAGCAAAAAGGAAGAAAAUUUAGACCAGUGCCUUAUCUGCAACGCUACGACGUAUGUGAAUUCUGUGCAAAAGAGGUGCGGGCUAACCGAAUGGCGUUACAUUUGGCUGCUCAUCGAGAUACACGGUUCUUUUGUGAUCUCUGUGAUAAGAGUUACCGCAAAAAGCGAGAUUUAAAAGAUCACAUAGAAAUUAUUCACCUGGGAAUACAAAUUCACACUUGCUCGGAGUGCAAUGAGAGUUUUAAAUUUCGAAGUGGAUUAACUUUGCAUAUCAAGAGGAAGCAUACGUUACUCGAUCAUGUUUGUGACGAAUGUGGCAAGAGGUUCUUCAAUAAAAGUAUUUUGGAAUAUCAUCGACAUUCACAUUCAGAUGUUCGUGAUGUUCGAUGUACAGAUUGCGGAAAGAUGUGCAAAAGCGAGAGACAUUUGAAACUUCAUCAGAAAGACAUGCACUCCAAUAAACAAUAUCCUUGUCCAACAUGCGGAAAGAUCUUCACUACUUCAAAAAAUCUGAGUGCUCACAAAGAUUCCCAUCGACCUAACACAUAUUUCUGUCCCGUUUGUACUAACACAUACUCAGCUAGUCAUGCAUUAAGAAGACAUGUUGCCGAAAAACAUCCAGAGUACCAAAUGCCACCAGUGGGCACUCAACUAAAGAAUGUAAAUAUAAAUGAGCUAAUGGGAGUUGCUGGAAAAUAAUAAAAAGAUUACUCCCUUAUAUCACAAAAAUCUUCAAGUUUAUUUAAAGAACAAAACUUUUUCCUUGAAAAGUAAAAUAAAAACAACAAUUUGAACUAAUAUUAAUUUAGCUAAUU